AUGAUCCAAAAUUUUGACUCCAGCCCUGAUUCUCCCGCUGUUGUCACCUCGCCGAGCAACAUCGAUACCGUUCAUGGGCCCUUGUCGGUACCGGAGUUGACAUCUGACUCGACCAGCUUAGGUCUCAACACGAAUGGCCUAGAAGGCCCCCUGAGCAACCAAGCGGCUUUCUCCGAUGUCCAGGAUUUUUCGACGGUCGCCCUGGACAUGAGCGCCGAUUUCCCUUGGACGCUCGAAUACACCGACUUUUUUGCUGAGAGUCAUCUGAUUUUCCAGUAUCCCCAGCUUGAAACAAUAGCCCAGUUGGAAUCUCCACUACUUCCAUUUGCCUCUAAUACGGAAAGCAAUCCAAACGGUGGUCCCAAUAGAACACCUUCACGGGGUCCUUCUCGAGCGCGAGAUCUUCAGAGCGACGGUGAAAGGUCCUGUCCAACAAUCAGAAUACAAGAUCUGCGUCAGCUGGGGUCAUCAACUCCCGUCCAGACUCUCGCAAUGCAAGCUACGGACGACGAUAUUAUAAUGGCGGAAAAUUUCUGUCAUGUGAAUGUGCCAUUGAAUACUGUCUACCAAUCUGUUUUCGCCUUUUACGAGCAACAGCACGAUGCUCGCUUUCGGGAAGCUCCUUUCCCCAACAUUUCUCUUUUCAACUCGUUCAUCCAGCUCUACUAUGAGCAUUUUGAUGACCAAUUGCCCUUCAUUCAUCCGUCAUUAUUAGAGCAAGCAGAUACACCUUGGAUGCUUGCCCUGGCUGUGGCGUCUGUUGGAUGUCAAUAUACCAACGUCGCUAAACGGGACACAUAUGUAUCUAUGCUUACCGAUCUUCUAACACUAUCUCUUCCUCUAGAUGUAUGUGGUGACUAG